AUGGCUACAGAAUUCGAUGUAAAACCAGACAUUUCUUCAUUGGGAAUUGUACAAGACAACGUCGGGAAAGGGGGGAAACCUCUUUCGGCAACUGACGGCGAAAACAAAGUGUGGCAAGCGAAUUUGGACAUGGAUGCAAUCGCACGAGCAGAGCUUACCAAACAUAGCAAUGGCGUCGGGCCACAAGCGAACGUCUCAAGCGAAGGCGGGAAAGGAGAACACAUUAACGAUGUCGGGAAAGAAGGACAAGCUACUUCUGAUGACGAAAGUAAAACGAAAUGGCCGGCUACUUUCGAUAUGGAAGCAAUCGCAAGGGCAGAGUUGGCGAAAGACAAUAAUGGCCGCCACGAGGCACUCGCGAAGCAAUUUGCGAUAGACAACGGUAAAGAAGGCCAUAUUAAAAGACCUAUGAAUAGUUUUAUGAUCUGGGCGCAAUCAAUGCGAAGACAACUAGCGGAGCAGUACCCUCAUGUUCAUAAUGCAGAGUUAAGUAAGAUGCUUGGUAAACUGUGGCGCAUGUUGCCUGCUGAAAAGAAGCAACCGUAUGUUGAACAGGCAGCCAAGUUGGACAAGCAACACAAACGAGAUAAUCCUGGCUAUAAAUAUAAACCAAAACGAAGGCAAAGGGGGAUGAAACGGCCCUAUGGUCAAUACACUAACAUAUCUCAAGGUGGCCUUCCUAGCCCAUGGCAAGAACAGCAGUAUUCUAAUGUCACUGUCCUCAAACAUACUAAUCAAGCGACCUCCACAAUUAUAACUCAGGUCCCCGGCUCUGGAAAGAACAAUAUAAAUACUCCAUAUGUAUUUGUGCAAGGUGGCAGUGUAAUUAUCAGGCCCAACACAACAAACGGUCAGAAUGCAGUUGUGCAACAAGCUCCUGUGACAACAACAAACGGUAACGUGACAACAAGUUAUCCCAACGAAGUCGUGCGGGUAAUAACGCAACCUAUUACACAGACAGUCGCAAUUGAAAACAGUAAUGCAAAUGGGAUUAUCAAUAUUAAAACAGAGCCAUCCGAAAUACCAGCUUCUCCCCCUAAUUCUGCGAGACAUUCUCCGACUUACGGCAACUCGCACGUGCAAACGUCUGUUAUCAAAAGCAACGAGUCAAAUAACAAUGAACGCGUUUCGCCUAUUGUUGAAACAAACGCAGUGAAAAGCGCAGAACAGGACAAUAUUAACAUCGGACAAGGCUAUCGAGUUUAG